GCUAUCAAGCUAGUAUGCACUGUAUUGCAUUGCAACAAACUGACACAUGACGUUAAAUCACAAACAAUGAUUUUAAACGUCACAGUUACGACUUGGAAACCUCAGUUCGAAACCCGCUUAAAACAAAACCAAAAGGAAAAAUGGGAGCAUCAUUUGCUAAACUUAAUUGUUGUAAAGGAAUACGGAACAACAAAAUAGGUGUUGUUUCUAGUUCUCUAGAGAUAACCAACAACAAUGAAACGCGACCAUCAGCAGAAAUAUUGCAGGAGUUACAGAGUGUUGGGAUAAUCUCAGAAAGAUCCGGGGGUAUGAGAUUUGUUGUUGAGACAUUAACAGAAAGUGAGAUGACAAAGCCCAGGAGACUUCCGUCUAUCUCUAUUUCCAAUGAAUCAUCAAGAGGAAGACUAACUGAUAAAUCCAGGGCUAGUACGUCAAAAGAUAUAUAUGAUAAUGAAGAUAAGGAGCUUAUGGUCGAGAUUCGACGAAUGGAUGUCUUGGCUGAUAAAGGAAAGAUGGCAAAAGCAUCGGAAAGAAGAAGGCAGGAAGCAAAAGCAAGAAGAGACAAGCGUCUAAAAGAAAAAAUUAGAAAAACGGAACAAAAAUUAAGGAGAGGAAAUAGAGCAGAGGGAGGUCACCAAGGAGCUCAGACUAAAAGAGAAAAGAGAAAAAGACCUGCCAGGGAACCAAGAUCAAUCCAACCUGCCGGCUUACCAGAUGUAUCCGUAUAA